AUGCGCUUCUUCACUGCCUUGAUCCUCACUGGACUCUUCGCUGCCGUCAAUGCGCACUUUCAGCUUCAGUUUCCUCCUCCUCGAGGUGUCUUUGUAGAGGACCAGGAACCCAACUUUUGUGAUGGAUACGAUAGCGUUGCAUCGAACAGGACUUCAUUUCCAUUGAGUGGCGGAAUCAUCUCACUCAACUCUGAGCACCCGCAGUGGACAGCUGCUGUGUUCAUCACAAAUGCAUCGAACCCCACGUCGUUCGACAAUUUUACGCAAAUCACUUCUUUCUUCCAGGAGACCAUAGAGGGAACGUUCUGCAUGUCAUUCGACUUAUCGCAGACCAAUGCUACAGGUUUGACGAACGGUGAAAAUGUCACCAUCCAGAUUCUAUACGACGGAGGAGAUGGGAAUUUACAGAUAUCACAGUGCGCUGAUCUUACACUAGAUACUUCUGCAAAUGUGUCCAGCCAGUCUUGCACCAAUACAACGUCGUCGUCAUCAGGAGCACUAGUAGGCGUCUCUCUGCCUACAACUGGAUCUAUGUUAGGAUUAGCUGCUGGAUUAGUGGGUCUUGCAUUUGCAUUUUGGUGA